AUGCGACUCGCAAUGAUACGACGGAGAGAUGAGAAGGCCGCAUCAGCCAUUCCCGCUGUGUUCAACACCACCGAGCUUCUCGAAAAGAUCCUCUUGCGAACCGACAUGAAGACGCUUCUGCUCGCUCAGCGCGUCUGCCGCAAGUGGAAAGCAGUUAUUGGAGCCAGCUCUACCAUCCAGAAGAAGCUCUUCAUGGUACCAGUGAGCAACAUCGAGGAGGCCUUCCGCCUUGGCAUACUCAGGCCACCUCCCUUCAACGCUCCGAUCACACGACACGCGCCAAAGCGUCUUGGACUUCCGCACAGCUUCGAAGAAAUCGAUCUCCUGGGUCCGAUGUUCGACUUCACCUGGCACUCUGGCAACUUCGACAUUCUGCCAAAUCCGAUGCUCGACUUCACUUGGACCCUGGGUUACAUCAAUAUAGAUCAGAAGGCCAUGCGCGGCAGCAUCGGAAAGCGCAUCAAGAGUAAGCUCAUGACUGUGUUGAGAAAUCGGAGGCAGCGCAUGUGCGAGCCGUCUUGGACCCGUAUGCUGGCUACGCAGCCUCCACGUCGUGAGAUAAGAGUCUUACAUUACGACUUGUGGCCACUCCCGCAGACUGUACGGGUGGCUUUCUUCGAAUGGGUGCCAGUCAUGUGGGGCAACGGAAUUGCCGUCGAAGAUGCGGUGAUUGAGGGCCUUCACAGAUUCAGGGAUAGAUGA